GCUGCUCGCGGCGACUCCCCCGGGCCGGGGCGGCGGCGGGCGCUGAGCCCUCAGCGCGGAUGGAAAGUGGGGGUGAUGCUAGAGCGGCACCUCGGCGGGGCAGCAGAGGUGGCGGCCGUGGCGGGGUUCCAGCGGCUGCCGAGCCCGGCGCUCCCCCGGCCGCGGAGGCUGGCGUGAAUAUGGAUGGGCCCGGCGGUAGCGGGAGCGGGGCCGCCGCGGACACGGACGCUCCUGCAACGCCGGCAGCCUCCGGGGCCCGCCCGCCUCCCCGCGGCCCCGGUUCCAGGGACACCAAGCUGGUCCAUCAGCGGUUCCUGCGGAGGAGCGUGGUAGACUCGGACCAGGAGGAGCCUGCCUUCGACCUGCCCGAGGCGGAGCACCAGCGAAGAAUCAUCCUGCUCCCAAAAACCAGGAGGAUAAUCGCGGAGCGGGCGAAGACGGGGCAGGAGGCGGCGGACCGGGAGGCUGAGUGCUCCAGGGAGCCGCGGGCAACGCCGGCCGCGGGCAGCGCCGCAGGCGCCGAGGAGCAGAAGGAGCCAGGCAAGGAUGCGGAGCGGAGAGAGGCGCAGGAUGCUGCCAAGGACCAGGGCAAGGCUAAGAAAGAGGAGCCCGAGGAGGAGGCUGAUAUGAAAGCGGUUGCCACCUCGCCGGAUGGCAGGUUCCUAAAGUUUGAUAUUGAACUCGGGCGAGGAUCCUUCAAAACGGUCUACAAGGGUCUGGACACAGAGACGUGGGUGGAAGUCGCGUGGUGUGAGCUGCAGGACAGAAAACUCACAAAAGUAGAGAGGCAGAGAUUUAAAGAGGAAGCAGAAAUGUUGAAAGGUCUACAGCACCCAAACAUCGUGAGGUUUUAUGACUUCUGGGAAUCCUGUGCAAAAGCCAAAAGAUGCAUCGUGCUGGUUACCGAGCUGAUGACCUCUGGAACGCUGAAGACGUAUCUGAAGAGGUUUAAAGUGAUGAAACCUAAAGUCCUGCGGAGUUGGUGUCGGCAAAUCUUGAAGGGUCUUCUUUUCUUACACACAAGAACUCCACCAAUAAUUCACAGAGACUUGAAAUGUGAUAAUAUUUUUAUUACUGGACCAACUGGAUCUGUGAAAAUAGGAGACUUGGGUUUGGCAACACUCAAAAGAGCUUCAUUUGCCAAAAGUGUCAUAGGAACACCAGAAUUCAUGGCCCCGGAAAUGUACGAGGAACACUAUGAUGAAUCUGUGGAUGUCUACGCGUUUGGAAUGUGCAUGCUGGAAAUGGCUACCUCAGAAUACCCUUACUCAGAAUGCCAGAAUGCUGCUCAAAUCUACCGAAAAGUAACCUGUGGUAUAAAGCCAGCAAGCUUUGAGAAAGUUACUGAUCCUGAAAUUAAGGAGAUAAUUGGGGAGUGCAUCUGCAAAAACAAAGAAGAAAGAUAUGAAAUUAAAGAUUUAUUAAGCCAUGCCUUUUUUGCUGAAGAUACUGGGGUAAGAGUGGAACUUGCGGAAGAAGACCAUGGUAGGAAAUCCUCUAUUGCCUUAAGACUCUGGGUAGAAGAUCCUAAGAAACUGAAAGGAAAACCCAAAGAUAAUGGAGCCAUUGAGUUUACUUUUGAUCUGGAAAAGGAAACUCCUGAUGAUGUUGCACAAGAAAUGAUUGACUCGGGGUUUUUCCACGAGAAUGAUCUCAAGAUCGUGGCCAAGUCCAUCCGUGACCGAGUGGCGCUGAUCCUCUGGAGGAGGGAGCGCAUCUGGCCCAGGAUGCAGUCGGAGGAGCGCCGCGACUCGGAAUGCCUGGAUAAGCUGAAGGCGCCACAGGCACAGCAGGUCCAGGUCACCUACCUGUCCCACACGGGCCACCACAUCCUGUCGGAGCCUGAGGAGCCGGAGGCAGACCAACACCCCUUCCAGCAGAACCUGCCCACCAGCGUCACCUCUGUCGCUUCUGACAGCACGUUUGACAGUGGCCAGGGCUCCACAGUUUAUUCAGACUCACAGAGCAGCCAGCAAAGCGUCAUCUACUCGUCCCUGCCAGACACUGUCCCUCCUGCCAUCCAGAGGGUGUACAGCCCCCCCCUGAGUGAGGGCCAGCCUGUGCCCCACAGCCUCCCCCAGCUUGGCCACUACCAGCAGCCCUCAGCACCUGUCCUGCCUGCAGUGCCAGCCACACCUGCUGUGGUGCCCCAGCACUACCAGGAGCCAGCGAUGCCAUUCCCCGUGGUCCCCAGCACCGUGGCCUCGCUCCCAAUGGGGCAGGCGCCGCCGCCCGUGCUGGCCGGCCAGCAGCAGCAGCCCAUGGCGCAGGCAGCCUCGCUGCAGCAGGUGCUCAGCAGCCAGCCCGUGUGCCCGCUGCCGCCCGCCCCCCACCUGCUGCCGCCAUUCCCGGCGCAGGGCUCGCAGGUGCCCGCUAGCAGCACCCCCCUGAAGCCCCUGCAGAUCUCCACCGUGCCGCAGCUCCCGCCUGUGGCCCCUUCCCAGAUUCCUCCAUUUCCUGUCAUUCCUGCAAUUACUCCUCUGGCAGGACUAGACAGUCUUCCUCCAAAUCUGUCCGACAUCCCUCCUGCAAGCGUGCCCCCCAUUCCUGCUCCCUCCCAGUACUUUGCUCCAGCCGUGAUCCUGCCCAGCCUGCCCAUGAACCCCGCGCUGCCCAUGGCACCUAACUCUCCCGCCCUGCCCAUGCAGGCUGUCAACCUGCCUCACACCACCGUGGCUUCUCUGGUCCUACCCUGCCAGCCCAUUGUGCCAAACAUGCCGACGGCCACCAUCCCGCUGCUGGCGGUGGCGCCGCCAGGGGUGCCGCCGCACGGCGCGGUGCCGCCGCUGCCGCAGCCCGUGUUCCAGCCCGCCUUCCAGCCGCGGCUGCCCAGCGACGCGCCGAGCUCCCAGCCCGUGUCCCAGCCACAGCCACCUCCUCCAGCCCUGCAGCCGAGCGUCAUCCACCCUCCUGAGCCGGCUCACCAGCCCGUGCCUGGACACGCUCAGUUUGCUCUAGAAGCUGGAGCCCAGGUGCCCGUGCUGCCGGUGCAAGCCUCCAUGGUCAUGUCACCGCCGUUGCAGCUGCAGCCGGAGCUGGUGCCGCCCUGCGUCGCUCCCGAUGGCCUUGCCCAGGUCCAUGGCAGCCUUGCCACAGCUGCCCCGCCCGCCCCCAUAGAGCCUGGCCUGCCUCUCCAGCCCUCUGCUCUGCUGCAGCUCCAGCCUGAUCUUUCCCAGCCACUGGGCCAGCAGCUCCCAGCUCCCUGCUCAGCUGUCACGGCAGGCACAGAGACAUCUCAAGAGGAGCAGGCAAUACAGGACAAACUCCAAGCUCUGUCCCAGAGUUGCGAAAGCUACAUGAGUCCAGAUGUUGCUUCUGGUAAGGAGAUGAAUGACAGCUUGGAGGGAGCAACAGGAAGUGGAAAGCAAGAAGGAAAGUCUUCAAAGAAGCAUAAGAAAUCCACGCGUGCUCGUUCGCGCCAGGAGAAGUCCAACAGACCCAAACUGACCAUAUUAAAUGUGUGUAACACAGGGGAUAAGAUGGUGGAGUGCCAGCUUGAAACCCAUAAUCAUAAAAUGGUGACGUUCAAGUUUGACUUGGAUGGUGAUGCGCCGGAGGAAAUUGCUACUUACAUGGUGGAGAAUGAAUUCAUCUUGCAAAGUGAAAAAGAGACUUUUAUUGAGCAAAUGAAGGAUAUCAUUGAUAAAGCAGAAGAUAUGCUCAGUGAGGAUACAGAAGGAGAGCGAAGUUCUGACCAGGGAACAAGUCCCCAGCAAGAUGCAGAUAGGCUGGAAAUAAGCGAGGAGAAACGUCAGUCUCAAAUGAAGACACCUGUGUAUCAGCAAAACGUUUUGCAUACUGGAAAAAGGUGGUUUAUUAUAUGUCCAGUGGUGGAAAAUCCUACUACAGAUGCCCCUGAGUUUUCUCCCCCAAUGCCUCCCAGUGCCCAGCAGACAGAAGGGCCAGACCUGGAGCAGUCAGAUGACCAGCCGGUGAGCUCUGCAGUGACAGAGGCCCCUGGGCUCGGGGCUGGCCAGCAGCUUCCCCUGCACACAGGGUUGAACAAGCCGGAAGUCACUGGUGUGACUGCUCAUCCCUCAGAGACAAGAGGUCCAGCCACAAGCAUCGCUUCAGCUCCUGCUGCUCCAGCAAAAGACCUCCUUCAGGUUGCACCUCCAUCAUCAGGCACAGCUCCACAGAUCGAGACUUUCCAGAAGAGUGAGGAGGCAGAGAGGACAACUUUGCCCACACACGCAGAGAGCGUAAUGCGGCAAGCGACAGCAGAUGGGGCAAUGAGUUACUUCCACAGGGAUGGCUCUCCAGGCUCUGGUUCCUAUGAAAAACAGGCUGAGGCUCAGGAGAGUGGCACACCAGCCAAAACCAUUGGCAGGUUUUCAGUCAUCAGCAUGCAGGAUGAAUUAACUUUAGCAGCACCGCAGUGCUUGAGGUUCUCGGCCCCCCCAGACGUCUACCUGGACGAGCUGCCCUCCAGCCCGGACAUGAAGGCUGCUGUCCGCAGGGUCCAGACGGCCUCUUCUGUGGACGUCCUGUGUGACCAGGCCUCGAGCGACUCUGCCGAUGAGCCCUUCCCACAGCAGCUGGCGGCUGCUGCAGCCGCACAGCUCUCCCCCCCUAGCAGCAGCACAGCCACGGACUUAAUCAAAAAAGCAGCUGCUUUUCUGCAGAGGUCUGCCAAAGGUGGCUCCCCUGGCCCAGAGUCGCCCAACGGGCAAGGUGCAAAGAUUCCUACCAUCAACAUCACAUCUUUCCACUCACAGUCGUCCUACAUGAGCAGUGACAAUGACUCGGAGUUUGAAGAUGCUGAUAUGAAGAAAGAAUUGCAGAACCUGAGAGAAAAGCAUAUGAAAGAGAUUGCUGAGCUGCAGACGCAGCAGAAGAACGAGAUAGAGGCAUUAUAUAUUCGCCUGGGGAAACCCCUUCCUCCCAACCUGGGCUUCCUUCACUCUGCCCCACCAAGCAGCCGGCGCCGAAGAACCAGCAAAAACAAAUUGAAAGCUGGAAAACUCUUAAACCCUCUGGUCCAGCAGCUCAGGAGUGGAACAUCAAGCACAAGUAACCUUUCAGACUCUAAAGGCUCGCCCCACAAAGAAAGCAGUAACUCGCAGCCGGGCUUCCCCGAAGCCGCCGCGGUGCCUCCCGGCACAGCCCCCGCCUUUGGCAAGGCUGUGCAGACCCAGCAGCCCUGCUCUGUCAAAGCCUCUCUGUCAUCUGACAUCUGCUCUGGCCUGGGCCCCGACACAGCCGACACCAGCACAGGCUCUGGCCAAGGCUGGACGGUUUUCCACCAAACGUCUGAGAGAGUGACCUAUAAAUCUAGUAGCAAACCUCGUACCAGAUUCCUCAGUGGACCUGUGUCUUUGUCCAUCUGGUCCACCUUGAAACGACUAUGUCUAGGCAAAGAUCACAGUAGUAGAUCCUCGACCAACAGCCUGGUGACGUGUCCUGAGCCCCUCCCACAGUCAACGCUGCAGGUUCAGGCCAACAACAGUAACAACAAGAAAGGGACGUUCACAGACGACCUGCACAAGCUGGUGGACCAGUGGACGAGCAAAACUGUUGGAGCUGCACAGACAAAACCUUCUUUGAACCAGCUGAAGCAGAACCAAAAAAGGCAAGACAUGGAGCCAAAGGCUAACCCCAUGCAAAUGCAGAAUGAGACAUGUGGAGUAAGUUCAGUAAGGACAGGACUGGGGAGCAAGUGCCCUGUUCCAGUGGCUUGCCCCGUGCCCACAGGAUUAGCUCCUGGAGCUGUGCCAUCCCUGCCCGUGCCAGGGCCCGCCCUGGCUGGCGCAGUGACGCCAUACGUGAUGCCUCUGUGUCCGUACGGAGCCGUGUUCCCUUCGCCCGUCUACGGAGUGCCGUGGCCGGGGCCGGUGGCGCAGCCGGGGCUGGUCCGAGGGCCCGGCGCCGUGCACGUCCCGCCGCUGGGCCGGGCCUGCCUGCCCAUGUACCCGGUGCCGCUGCAGCGCCCGGCCCGGCCGCCCGGCCCGCGGCUGCGCAUGACCUAGCACGGACCCUGCCGCGGGUCCCUGGGUCACCCUGUCACGGGUGGCCUCGCCACGGGGACCCUGCCCUGCGUCCCGGUGGUUUUGAUGCCGUCACGUUGGAGUGUUUGCUCUGUACAUGGUCUGUGUGGGAUGAGGCGAGCCCCCGGGCACAGCCAUUCCCUGCAUCAGCAAUCACUGUGAGGCAGCAUCACCACAGAUCAUUUGUUGUCAAGGCAAUACCUGCUUCUGUCCCCUUGCUGAAGACACUUUAUUCCUUGUGUUCUGUUUCACACUUGUGAUCCUUAACAUCAUUGUACUUGAAUUGAUAAUUAGCAAAUUGUACUAACCCUGCAGGAAAUCAGUGCCUUGAAUCUCAGCUUUCCAGAACCAGCUGGAAAGAGAUGUACAAUUAUUUGAAAGGUGUAUUUUAUUUACAAUCUGCUUGUGAGUUGGAGGUCUUUUUAUUUGCAAAGAUAUUGCAGGUUUACAGUUGACGUUCCUCAUCUGCUUCAUUCUGCUGUAAAUGCUUUGUUUUUAUUCACGGGUUGAAUUUUCAUUUCUGAAGCUUUUAGAAGUCAGAAUUGUGAGGUGAGGUUUGUUUGACAUGCUUGUUUGAUGCACUCAUCAUAAAAUUGUUGGUGUUUGUACAAGGAGUAGUGAUGUGCAUAUUGUAAUGUAGGAGCAUUUACGGAGUGAUCUGAGGAAGGUGUAUACAAGGACUAAGGAGCAGCUUCAGGCAGUGCUCUCCGUUCUCCUUCCCAGCCUGUGGUAAAGUCAUUGUAGAUGGCAACUUAAUUCUGUAACGGGCAGCAAAUGCUCUUUUUCCUCUGAAUCAGCAGCACACUGGAUUUUAUUUCCUUUCCCUAUGUUGUGGGCUUUUAUAAUUUAGUUAAAUCACAAGCUUAUGCAUGUCCAUAAGUGAAGACAAGUAAUGGAACAGUUGAUUCUAGCAAACAUAUCUGCAGGUGGCUGUGAGCCCCAUGUGAGCAGAGCACACCCUGAGCUUGAGGGCGAUGUCUGAUCCUUGGUGUGCCAGCUGUGUUCAUGCUAAAACAGAAUAAAAAUGUGAAGCUGUUCUUUUUCCUAUCUGACACUUCAGGUUUUGUGUCACACUGCCUUCUGUUUGGAUUUAUUUAUUUAUUUAUUUAUUUAAUCUUUAUUUUUACCCAAGUUUGCGCUCCAGGUGGCACGGACACCUCUCUCUCUCCUGUUCAAAAGUUGCUUUUUUCCUAUUUUACUGUGCAUAGAGCCUCCACCUGCACUUAGUGUAAAGGCACAAGGUAACCACUAGAGCUGGUUUGCCACGGUAAGUCUCCUUCCUUUCCUGAGCGCUACGGACAGCAUGACAAGCACAGGACCCAAGUGUGGGCACGCCCAAAGGCCCCACAAUGACAUUUUGUAGCCCUCUGCUAAGGGGCAGAGACGUCUUGUGCUGCCAAGCUGUGAAUUGUAUAGUUCUAUUGUACUUCAAGCAUUCUACCUGUCUAAAUUACUUUGUUUGUACCCUUUGAAAAUAUUAUUCCAUCAAUUCAGUUAGAAUUGAAUUUUAUAGACAAUUAUGCAGAGUCUUCUGCCUGGGCAAAAUGCUUACUGCAGUAAGAGAUUUCUGUUCUCUGUACCAUGUAUCUUUAAUUUGUUUGGGUUUUUUAGAUUCAUGUCUGUAUGCUUCAUGAGCAAACAUGGAAAAUAUGUUCUCACACCGGGUUCCCUUCGGCUCACACUGAAUCCUACAGUUUAUGUCGCUAUUGCCUGUAUAGUCUAUCCCUUGUAUACUGACAAAGUCAGUGGCACUAAAAGCCCCAAGAAAUUGUAUAGAUUAAAAAGAAAAAUAAACAUUUUGUGCUUGAAAAA